AUUCAGUUUUCGCCACUUGAUUUCGUGCGUUCCACACGUUCGUGUUAUUUUCAAUAGUGUCCCAGCAGUUUGUGAUUAUCGCAACAUGUUUCUACCUGUGAUCGUGUCAUUGGUGUUCAUCUGUAGUUCAAUCAACGCAUCAAAUGAAUUAGGAUUAAGGACUGCAACGUGCCAACAGGAUUCGCUGACAAGGUGUACCGAUCCGCUCAAAGUCCUGACCAACAAUCGAGACCUGGGCUUUGCUGCUUCCCAACAGGAACUCAACACGCUCUGCCCGAAACUAAUCGAUGGUUUGAGAUGCAUCGAUAACUUCACUUCGCGCUGCUUAGAUGCCCAACAUCGUGAAUUCUUCCACAUGCUCUACGCAGGCACCAAACAGGUCAUCGUCGAUCUGUGCGAAGACGAAGAUUACCAGAAAGAAUAUCUGAUGCACGCUCCGUGCAUGAGAGACGUCCAGUCGGGCUACGAACGCUGCGCCGUUGAAUACCAGAGUCACGUGCGGGAGCAUAGCGGCAAUAAUAACAACGGCGCUGGCGCAACACUUGGCGGCAGCAGCAUCGCUGACGAUCCGGUUGAGAAUUCCAAAAAACUCUGCUGUUCGUUCCAGAAUUACAUGAAGUGUUCGCAGUCAGUCGUUGCCGGAAAAUGCGGAGCUCAAACUGCUUCAUUCACGCGAGGAUUCCUCGACACAAUGGCCGGUCCUUUGAUUCAGGGUUACUGUCUGAGUUACGAGCCCGGAACGGAGCACGAAAUUGAAUGCGAACUACCGACGUCCAACGAUGCGUCGUUGACUUCGUCAUCGACCUACAAUAACUACGAGGCUUCCGAACAGGCCCUGGACCGCAGUGACGGAAUCGAGGAGGAACGCAACGUCGACGAGACGGAAUUUGUUUCUUCGCGUCAAAAUAAUCAACAACAACAACACGCCACUGGAUCGUCUUCGUCGUUGUUGUCGUCUCGAGGCGUCGUCUCCUCAUGGCCCCUUCUCACUGUGCUUUUACUCACGUCCGUCUCCUUCCUCCACUAUAUUUAGAGCAGCCGUACGUCAUCUGUUUAUUAUAUAGUACACUGUAUUUAAAAUAUUUUAUUUAUAUCGAAAGAGAGACGCGACACAACAGCGACAUCUCGGUGUGUAUGACCAUUAUAAUUUAAGUAGAGCACCUUUAAAAAUAAAACUUUGAUGAUGAUGGAUUGGUAUACCAUGGGGGAUGGCAUAUUGCAACACUCUUCUUAAAAAUUUCCUUGAUUUGUUCUGAAAAAAAAAUUAUUCAAAUGAUGGACAAUGUGGUAACCUAAAAAUACAUGAGGAUAUAGCACAACGACGUGUAUACGAAAGAUCUUUUUAAAAUUGUGAUAUUCAUUGAAGAGGCCACACCCUUUUGCGUGCGAGAAGCUCUCGGCAGGACAUGUGUACAGUAUAGCAUAUAAUAGAAGAAGCCAAAGACGUGUGUAGACCUUUUGGUCCACUUUUGGAAUCGGUCCGGGUUUAAUAAACACAUUCAAGUUUUCUCUCCUACCCCGUUUUUCGUUCUCUUUCGUUUUUACUACUCCGCCUCACCUUUUCAUCUGGUUCUUUCUCCCAUCCAUCUAUAUGCUUUGGCGUCGUUUAAAUAGAUUUCCUCUCGUGUGCACCACUCGAAAAGACUUUGUGAGUCCGUGCCAAAUCGGCCCCCCCAAUAACAUCCCACUCUUACCUCCCAAAUACAUCACCCGUCCCCCCCAAAAGCGGCUAUACUGAUCCUAAAGAUCCUGUCCUAAGAGUCUCAGAUCAACUGCAACCUCCAGCCCUUCUCGGUCUCGCUCAAAUCGUUUUUUUAAGUCUUCAUUCCCGUGCAGAGUUACAGUUUCGAGUAACAUCCAUCCCCAGGGCCGUUUCCCACUCAUUUUUGUGUGAAAUAUUUUCACAUUCGAAUCAUUCGCAGAGCGGUUUGAAUCACAAGUCCCAAUCCGUCCAGCAGUAAAAAUGAACAACCCGGAGCACGCCCACGCUAAAUCUCUGAUCAUCAACUACGUCGUCAUCAUUCUGCUGCUGUCUCUUCUCUGGCUCCUCUACGAAGGGGCGUUUUAAGAGAAAACAAAUGAUUUUCACACGCGGCGCCAUUUCCUCACGUCAUCAGUCAUCACUUUCUUUCACACACAAUUUCUCUCUAUCUAUCUCCAAAAAAUAAAAAAAUAAAAAUCGUGUUGUUCGUUUUAAGGAAGGAUAUCCAGAUGUAAAGCAGUUGCGCGUACACCACCACGAAGAGGGUCUUGGGGGCAUCAGAGGGACAAGACCGCGUAGUUCAUUUCCGUUGACUCUUCCGCCAAUAACAUGGGUCAACUAGAAGGUAACAAAAAACAACACGAAACGUCACGCCGUUAUACAUACUUCAUCGGCCGGAUUCUCUCUAUUAUACAUGCCUUGAUUUUAGCGUGACUUCCUUUGAAAAUGAUACGGUCGGGAAUGCUGUUAUCAAUUCGCAUAACAUUUUUUUUUUUUUUUACCUUUUAUUUUGGAAUUUUCAAAUUUUUCUUAAUGAAUUGAACUGCCCCCUUUUUUUUCUGCUCUGAAUGUCCCCUUUGACUUGAUGUGUCUCUCUCGUAUAUUUCAAUAACUGUUAGACAGUUCUUCAAUGCCCGACAUCAUUGAGCUCCGGCAGCCAUCGCACUAUUCUUUUCUCAACUGUACACGCCUCAAAUAAAAUUUUAAAAACAAAUCCCACCUCUGUCUUCCUCCCCUCCUUAUCAACGCAUGAUGACCCAACAGUUUUUAUUGUGCGUUUUGUUUGUGUUUCUUUAAGCUCGCAAACAAGACAAUCACAGUUCGUGUGCAAUUCUCUCGACUGCUUGUAAAAAAAAAAAAAAAAGAAAUUUCCUCCUCUUAAUUUACGAUGAUGAGUGGCUAAAAUCGACAAACAGGGCCAGAAGACUGUGUUCUUCUUUAACGUCAUCAUUAAGAAAGAAAAAAAAAAGGGGGAACUUUUGGCUUGUCUCUCUUCGUUUUCUUUUCAUCUCAUUUCCCCUAUUUUUAGUUAUAGACUCAGUGUUUUCGACAACUACUGAACAUUUCAGUUUCUAUUUGUCCCCAGCCUGAUGAACUAUAAAACCUUCAACAAAAAGAAAGAACAAUUCAAUCACAAAAUUCUAUUACUAUAUGUAUGCAACAAUACACACAAUGUCUCAGUC